AUGACAGCUUUGACUGCCACGUUGGAGGCACUUGAUCUUCAUCAGUUGAUACCUUUGAUUGAUUCAAAUGAAACCACCCAUGAAAAUGUUAAACAAAGUAUGACCGAGUCAUGGAAAACCGACAAAAGUUUGAAAACUUUUAUCAAGAACAUCGUACAAGAAGUGGUGGAAAACGAUGUAAAAGAAGACAAUUAUAACAAUCAUUCUGAUAAUAGAAGAUACAAUUCCAAGAGACCUUAUGGAACAAAUUCUUAUCAAAAAGAUGAUUAUUAUUUUGAUAAUGAUGCUGCUAGUCCUGCUGAAGGUUAUCACCUUUCUCGUCGUCAAUAUGAACAAAACCAACAAGAUAACCGUGCUCGAAACAAUUACCACAAUGGUUAUAAUAACAAUCGUAACUCCUACAAUCAAACAGGAUGA